AUGUUAACUCAUCAUUAUCCAACAAAUUUCAAACAACAAUUACCUAAUGAUCAUGAUCUUACUGAAUUAUCGUGGUUAACACGAUCAGAUAUGUUCGAUCAACGAUCAUCAAAUUCCGUACGUCAAUUGCCUAAACUUAGUCAAAGUUUACCAAUAUAUGUGACAGAUAAAGAAGAUAUUCCUCGUCAUCAUCAUUCAUCGCCAUCAAGUCUUAUUGAUUCAUCUGAUAGUGAACAUGAUAAUGACUCAUCAUCAUUAAAUUCUUCAAGUGAACGUGUAACAACAGUAAAUUUAACUGAUAUUGUUUCACCACCACAUUCUGCAUUAUGUUUUUGGAUAUUAUUUGCUAUUGAAGAAUCUAAAACACGUUCAUUGACAUUAAAUGAAAUAUGUGAUUGGAUUGAACGUCACAUUGAACAACAACAACAAUUAAAAACAACGAAUCCUACAUCAUCUGAUGAACAAUUAAUUCGUAGUGCACGUUUAAAGAGUAAAAUACGUUAUCAUAUGACAAAACAAAUCUCAUUUUUUGUUAAAAUAAUCAAAGACCCGGUGAGUGGAAUUAAAUUACGUUAUCCAUUAUGGGCAACAGAUCGUUCAAAACGUCAAUUAUUACUUGAUACAUUAUUGACAAUGAAUACACGUCAAUUAUCAUUAUACACGCAAUAUACAAUAGACAUCUAUGAACGUUUAUGUUCAGAACGACGACUAACAUUGACACGUAAUACUAAUGAUGAAAAUAGUUGUCCAACAUUAUCAAAACAUAAUACAAAACGUGAUAAAACUAUACAUCGUCUUGGUUCAUCAGAAGAAUCAAAUAAUAAUAAACGAAAAAAACAAUAUUCGAAAAAUGAUUCAUCAACAACUUCUAUUCCUAGUGUAGAAGUUGUUGAUGCUGCUAUGACAUUAUUACUUUUACGAAAACCAAAAUGA